CACAUAAUAAGUGCAGCACUGAUAUUAUACCAUAGCACUUACAAGAUGGGUUAGCUAUGAAGAAAACGCAAAUCAUCAGCGAAUUCUCUCCGAAGCUGCCUGAUGGACACGACCCCAACCUAAGAGCUGGUAUCGCACCUAUCAAGUAUGCUAAGGAGGUGACAGACUCGCAAAAACAGCGCGCUGAGAAGGAGGCGGCGGAGAAGGCUCGCUCGACAUGCGGGCGCGGCGUGGAGGAUGAUGAGGGUGACGGCAUGCUGGAGAAGCUGGCGCAGAUGGUGGCUAGUAAGCAGACGGCCUACGACGCGCUGGCGCCAGAGGCAAUCGCUGCACUGCGCCAAGCAGCAGCCGGGGGUGCGGCAGGCCCCUUGGGCAGUGCAGCGGGCGCGGCAGGCCCCUCGGGCAGUGCAGCGGGCGCGGCAGGCCCGUCAGGCAGUGCAGCAGGCGCGGCAGGCCCCACAAGCGGCGCAGCGGGCGCACCUGGCCGUGGCCGUGGCCGCCGUGGCCGGCCCCCUGGUCCGGGCCGUGGGCGAGGCCGUGGGCGGGGGGUUAGUGCAACAGCAGGCUCAGCAGCAGCAGCAGCAGCAGCAGCAGCAACCACAGGGCAGGCUGCGCGGGGAUCAGGCGGUGUGAGCAGGAAGCGGCUGAGGGACGGGUCGGAUGAGGAGUCAGAGGAGUCGGCGGAGAGCUCGGAGCCUGAGUCAGACCAGGAUCCUGGUAGCACUGACGCCGAGAGUGAGGACGUAGAGGGUUCGCAGGUUAGCGAUGAUAGCGAUGAUGAUAUGCCUAUCCACCAGCUUGCAGCGCUGGUCAGGGAUGGGCACAUGAGUGCAUGAUGGCGUGUGUGGUGGGACCCCUGCGCGGUGGGCACCCCAGUGCUUGCGGGCAUGGUGUCUGCUGUGUGGCUGUAGAACGGCUGGGGUUUGUUGUCUCUCACUUGAGGAGUGCGAAAUCUUAUAGUGGGGGCGUGCAUGCAGUGGGGCCGCGCAUGGCUGAGGCCAGACAGCCCAGACGGCGGUCCGGACGGAGUCCCGAACAUUUGGAUCAGAUUUGCAAUUACCGCCGCCGGCCGUCCCGAAUAUUUAAUUUCCCGAAUAGUUUG